UCUGACCCCGCCCGCCCCAGGGUCCGCACGUUCCCACGGGACUCGCCCCUGGGCCGCGACAUGGUGCGUGCGCUCAUGCACUACGCUCUCAAGGUCUGGGGCGACAUCACGCCCCUGAACUUCCACGAGGUGGCGGGCAGCGCGGCCGACAUCCAGAUCGACUUCUCCACGGCCGACCACAACGACCGCUACCCCUUCGAUGGCCCUGGCGGCACCGUGGCCCACGCCUUCCUCCCCGGCGACCACCACACCGCGGGGGACGCCCACUUCGAUGACGACGAGGCCUGGACCUUCCGGUCCUCAGAUGCCCACGGCAUGGACCUGUUCGCAGUGGCCGUGCACGAGUUUGGCCACGCCAUCGGGCUGAGCCAUGUGGCGGCCACGCAGUCCAUCAUGCAGCCCUACUACCAGGGCCCGGUGGGCGACCCGCUGCACUACGGGCUCCCCUACGCGGACCGGGUGCGCGCCUGGCAGCUGUACGGCGUGCGGGAGUCUGUGUCCCCCACGGCACAGCCGGACACGGCCGAGUCCGAGGAGCCUCCCCUCCUGCCGGAGCCCCCCGGCAACCGGCCCAGCACCCCGUACGUGCCCGGGAAGGACGUGCCUCACAGGUGCAGCGCCCACUUUGACGCGGUGGCACAGAUCCGCGGCGAGGCCUUCUUCUUCAAAGGAGACAGAUACUGGGUGUUCCAGGACACGCACGUGGAGGAGGGAUUCCCCCGGCCCGUCUCCGACUUCGGCCUCCCGCCCGGCGGCGUAGACGCUGCCUUCUCCUGGGCCCACAGCGACAAGACUUAUUUCUUUAAGGACCAGCUGUACUGGCGCUACGAUGAGCUCACGCGGCGCAUGGACCCCGGCCACCCGGCCCGCAGCCCCCCGUGGAGGGGCGUCCCCAGCACGCUGGACGACGCCAUGCACAAACAUGACCUCACCGCUUCCUGGCCGCUCCGGCCCGGCACCCUGAUGCCCUUCAGACGGGGCUGCGGGGGGCCGUCCUGGAGGCCUGGACCCGGGCCCCCUGCCCUCAGGUGGAGGGGCUUCCAGGAAGGUCUGCGUGGGGGUCACCAGCUCCGUCCUGCCCAGCACUUCCUGGACGACUCGGUGUCCCGGAGCGAUUACACCCAUUUCACAGAUGGGCCAGUGGAGGCCGGCCGGGAAACGGGCCUCCUGCCGGCAGCUCCGGCCGUCGGGUCUCAGGUGUGA